AUGAGCGAUGGGCGAUCUUUCUGGUUCUCUGGUCUCCUGCGCCAUGACAACCAUGAGAGGAGUGAGUUGAGAGGUGGUGACCACUCCGACAGCAGCGACAACAGUGACCGAGCGGCGGAAGUCUUUUACGAUCAUCGAUCCGGUCUGCUGCAACAUGACCCAACAGACCCCUCCACUGCUCGAAGCGGCGACGGUCUUGCCCACCAGUCUCUCCGGCUCAUCCCGGGGGAUCAGCAACAGCAACAGCAGCAGCAUCAGCGGCGGCCACCAACCAAGCAAGUGCCCUCUGCGUCUCUGACUUCCUCCCUAGAUGACGCGCGCAAAGGCAGCGUCGACAGCUUCCCUGCCAGCACCUUUGCCUCAGCGACACCGGGUGCAACGUCGUCCGCGUUGGUUGGCACGGUGGAUGAGACGGUGGUCACGAUGGACCACGCUGUCCGUGUCCCGUCUGCCCUGCGUGGUGCUGGUCGCCGAACCAUGUUCGACGUUCUCAUCGACGUCGCCGCACGACAGCGAAGACAGGAGCAGCGGCAGGCGCGACCGCAGGAGUGGGCAGAGGGCAAGAACCUCGCUAGCAAACCUAGCGCCACCACCAGAGAUGCGCAGGUGCUGGCGACGCACCCGUCCGGUACCGCAGCGUCGUCGCUGGCCGUCGCCUCCUCUGCGCGGGAAGUGACGUAUCAGAUGCUCUUUCCUCGAACCGCAACUGCUGCGGCUGCAGCGCGCAUGUCUUCAUCGGGCCCGACUACUUCUUCCCCCGCGGUGGAGCCGCCUUCGCCGAGCGGAAGCGAGCACAUACACAGGUACACCUCGCCAGUCUCUCACCGUUCGCCUCCACCGUCCUCUCCGCCGCCGCCUGAGCGGGCGAAGCCGGACCGCCGCCUGCGCCAUCUUCUGCCAGCACACUUGCGCGGCUGCCCCGCUGCGUUGCAGAGCGCCGAUGAGAACUCACAGAGGCACCAGCUGCAGACAGCGCGGCAGCACGAGGCCAAGUGCCCGCCGGCUCGGCAUGCAGACCAUCGCGCCGGGGUUUCGGCUCUGGAUACGUCGGAUAUCUCCAGCAUCAGCAGCUGCAGCGACGACGAUACUACAAAGCCUGACACGCGACAUCCGCCGCCCCACCUAGGAACGAGGCGGAACGCGGCCGAAUCCUGGGCUGCCGCGUCUACGUCGCAUCCGCAGGUGCCACCAGCGGUCGCACGGCCGACAGUGCUUUCCAGGCUCAUCGACGGUGAUGACGAGGAACUCGUGCGCCUCGGCCACCACCGCGAGGCACGCGGCCGAGGAGAACCAGAGCGACCGCAAGGGGUGGCCAAAGAACCAAAGACGAAGUGGGCGCUGCUGGAGCACGUGCUCAUGGGAACGGUCGGGGCGGCGGCGUCAUCAUCGCACGCAGGCAGGCCGAAAUGUGCCGGUGACCGCCACCGCCGCAGGCGCAGCCGACACCAUCGUGUAGGUCGUAUCACUACCAGUGGCAGCUCAGAGAGGAGCGCAACGCACAGCAGGACCACCGAAGCCUCUGCAUCAGACCCGGACAGCACGAGCAGCCGCGGGGAAGACGCCGGGCACGACGGUGGCGGUGUUGUCGACCUCCGCAGGGACCUCGACGACGAAGUGCCGCAGUGGGUGAGGCAGCACGAAGCCGCCCGCGAACGCCUUGCCCAGUUGCAGCAGCAGCAGCAGCAGUUCUCCUGGGCGUCACCGACAUUCAGCAAUGCACACAUGUUCGCCACCGCGCGAGCGGCGGCAGCGGACAAGGCCCGGGCGCUGGUGGCGACGACUGCGGUAGCAUCGCGGUCGUUCCUCGGAAAGCCGCGGAUUUUCUGUCCUUCGUCGAUGGCGCCGCGCACGGCGAGCGCGGCAUCAUACGCGGCUAGCGGACUCGUGGGUAGUGGGGAUGCUUGGUCGACUGUGAGUGACGCGGGCCGAGGCCGGCACGACACCCGGAGCGCGCUCACUGCAGCAGCGAUUGCCGCCGGUGUGCCGCGAUCCCUGCUCGCGGUUUGGAAGGAGGGAAAACGCCUGCUGAAGCAGCGCUCCUCCAACGCGACAGCUGUGGCAGUGGUCGAGUACUUGUGGCAGUGCUUUCAGGCGUGGAAGCCGUGUGGGUUGCGGCUGCUGCAUCAGCGGCGCAGCGGCUUCUGCGCCAGUGAUGCUGUGGGAGCUGCUGGCGGGCCCAUCGAAGACAUAUCAGGCACCAGCAGCGAUGACAACGGAGGCCACGCAUCUGCCGUGGAGAGCAAAGCGGCACGGAAACCACGCAGCGUCGGCAAGCAGGCAUCGCCGCAGAGACGUUCACGCGGCACCACCGGUGGAGGUACCGACGCAACACGGGGGGCAAGCGCACAAAACAAAGACGAGGGGUGCGCAGGCGAUGCUGCCGCAGCCGUCGCCGCCGCCGAGGCGGAUGGCGGCAGUGAUGAGGGUAUCGAGCUGCAGAUGAAGGUGCACUACAUGGAGUCCGCCUUCAACGUCGUGGCCGUGCAUGGUGAGCUCACCUAUGCGAGCGAACGCGCCUGUGCGCGCCUGGGGCUUGCUUACCCUCUUCCUCCCUCCCCUCCCUGCUGGUCACCACGCGUCAGCGGUCGUGCGGAGGACGCUGAGACGACGCCAGCAGGGCAACAGCGACGGUGGACGUUCCUCGUUCCCGAGCCGGCGCUCACGCAGGUGCCGGUACUGCUGCAGGAGCACCUCUACCUUGCCCCACCCUACACCGUCCUUCGCGAGAUGCAGACUGUCCUCUCCAGCUAUAACUUCACAACAGAUGCGCUGCUGCGGCAGCACGCGGCGGAGGAAGAAGCCGCCCAAGAAGAACGGCAACGACGGCGCGCGCUCGACGCGUCCAACGCAGCCGGUGUGGCGGCGCAGAAGGCGAACGCAUCGUCGACCACGGCUGCAGUGGCCGAUGCGGUUUUGGAGGGGCGCAUGCUAGACCGUGGCGACGGAGAGUCUGGUGGUCGUCAACGCGGGGUUAGCCCGACCCGCAGCGGAUCGCUGCGCAACGGCGCUGCCGCGAGUGCCCCCACCCGCUGGUGGGCAGCACUGGAGGGGAACGACGAGACCUCUGCCGUCCGCGAAGCCGCCUCGAUCCACGCACGGGCGCCAGCGGACCAUGCAGACGCUCCCGUGACGAAUCGCUCCCCAACAUCCUUGCACCGAGAGUUCGGUGGUGAGCCGGUGAACCUCGAUCCGACACGCCUGGGUCGCGCGACGCCGCUGAAGCACCUCCAACGCCGACAGUGGCCCGUAGGGGACGAGGAGGACACCCACCUGCGAAUCCAGUCAGCUGACAGCGUAGAAGGUCACACCCCAACCGCCGUGAGGCAGUGCGGCAGCGGUUGUGUGGGAGCGUCCCCAGAGCCGCACCAACCACCCGUCUCUCGCUUCCCACCACCACCACUACCACCACCACUGCGGCUGUGCGAUGCCGGGAAUGGGUGUGACGCCGUCAACGCUGAGGCACAGUGGCCACAAGGUGUCCCGCCCGAACAGCCAACCGUGUCCCCGUCUUAUGUGCGCGCGAGUACCGCCAGUGUCAACUCAAUUUCCAUCGACGGGUUCUACGACCCGCUCGCGAUGCCCGCGCUGCCGACAACGGGCGCCAAGAGGGGGAUAGCGGCAGCGUGUGGCACCAACGAAAGGCGGGGCGACUGCGGCGGCAGCGGCACGAACGGCUUGGCCACCGCCACCGCAGACGUGACGAUGGCGCUUACCAGAGAAUCCGGGCACGGCGCUGACCGUGAGAUUGUGCCAGAGGACGCGUUGGAGCGCGGACUCGCUGCGGGGCCUCGGGAACUGCCGAUCCCGCCUCAGAUGACCGCGCGUCCGAACAACAGCCUCCGCUCACCCGGAGCAGUCGAGCUAGCAGCCAAUUUGUUUGGUGGUGUUGUCGGGGAGGAUGCUGGGGCCCGUGGUGGCAACGCACUCGCCAAUGAAAUGUCUACCGUGACAGCAGCAGAAGCCGUCUCGGCGAACCCGCUGAUGGAUCACCGAGUCGGGGGUGGCUUCCCGCGCGGCCCGACAGAUGACUGGGGCAUCCCUGUCGAGGUCCUCUUUGCGCUGAGCGGCGGCGGCGGUCCAUGGCGGGAACGAUCUGAACAGCCUGUGCGACAUACGCGGCGGCACGGCGAUGCCGAAAUCGGCAGUGCAAGAGAGGAAGAUGACGAUGACGGAGCACCUGUGGCGCAGCAAGGCCUCGCAGAUGCCCGUAGCUGGGCCAUCACCUCUGGACGGUUUGCGCAAGAGCCAGUGCACACGCACAAGCGCCACCGACACGAAACCCGAACGAGCGACAGCGCCUUCGAGAUUACCGCACGUGGCGAGGCGUCCAGUGCGUUGGACACUGCCGCUGCAUCGCAGCUCGCCUCGCAGAGGAUCCCGCCGAGCGCAACCCUUUCGCUUCCGACCUCGCGUUUGCGAUCCGCGUCCGCUGCCUCCUCGCUCGUCUCAUCGGCAGCGCCGUCAUCGAGUAGUCCCUCCUCUCUUUCAGAGCCGGAGGACGGGGACGACGACGGUGUGAAAAGCAGCGGCACUGCCCAUGCAGCCCGGAAACCGUGCUGGAAGGUGAACGCGAAGGGAGCAGUACGCUGGCCGCGUCAUGGUACUCGUCGCAGUGGACGCGACGGAGUCUUCGUCACACGUCAGCAGCAGCAGCAGCAGCAAGAGCGAUGGAUCCGCGAGUUGUGGGGGCGCGGGAAGCAGAACGACGAACCCUCCGUCUUGCCUGCUGCACCGUCCACUGUCUCUGCACCGGCUCAUGCGCCGGCCGGCUCCUCUCCAUACAGCCUGCGUCAGCAGCAGGCAUCGCAGUCGCAGAGGCAAUCUAUGAUGGGCACAUCAAAGCCUCUCUCCUCGGCUGUUGAUGCAUCGAUAUCGGCGCUGCGUGCCGAGAGCGCUUCCGCCAGAGCAGCACCAAUAACGAGUGAAACGGGCGGCAACGCCGCGAUGAACUCUGCGCCACCAUCUCCGCCGCUCCCAGACGAGGAUAGCGCCGCCAUGGCAUCGAACGCUGACCCUCUGCCGAGCCUCCGGUCUCUCGAAGCGAUCGUCCGUGGUGUUCCAGCCGUGUCAGUGCUGCACCACGCCGAGGAUGCAGACGCGAGUACCGCCACAGCAGGCUUCUUCGCUCUGGAAGACGUUUACUUGAGCGACGCUGAUUGA